CAUCCUAAGCUCAAUCAAUUCAAUCUCCAUCAGUUCAAAAGCCAAAAAAAUAUUUAUUCAAUCAUUUAAAAUCCUUUAUAAAGAUUUUUAAAUACAAGGAAAUAUAGUUAACUAUUGAUUUAAGUUAUUCAACAUGGUAGAAUUACUGCUAGAUCCAAAUAUACGAUUGUGGGUAUUUUUCCCUAUAGUAAUAAUCACGUUCCUUGUUGGAAUUGUAAGGCAUUAUGUUUCCAUCAUAUUAUCUUCCCAAAAGAAAAUUGAACUUCUGCAAGUUCAAGACAGUCAAGUGAUGAUAAGAGCAAGGCUGCUCCGUGAGAAUGGGAAAUAUUUGCCGCGGCAGUCAUUCGCGAUGCGUCGCCACUGGUUCAACAAUGAGGAAACUGGUUAUUUUAAAGUGCAGAAACGUGCUGCAACAUCACCGAAUCCAAUGACAGACCCUGGUAUGAUGACUGACAUGUUGAAGGGCAAUGUGACGAAUGUUCUCCCCAUGAUUGUUAUUGGAGGCUGGAUCAACUGGAUGUUUAGUGGUUUUCUUACUACUAAAGUACCAUUCCCGCUAACUUUACGAUUCAAGCCCAUGCUACAGCGAGGUGUUGAACUGACAAAUCUGGAUGCCUCAUGGGUAUCAUCUGCAUCUUGGUAUUUUCUGAACGUGUUUGGUCUACGCACUAUAUACGCCCUUGUGCUUGGAGAGAACAAUGCUGCAGAUCAGUCGAAAGUAAUGCAAGAACAGAUGUCCGGAGCAGCGAUGGCCAUGCCCCCAGACCCAAAAGCCGCAUUCAAGGCUGAAUGGGAAGCCCUAGAGAUAACAGAACACAAGUGGGCGCUGGCCACAGUUGAGACAGAUUUACUUGAACAACAGUAUUAACACUAAGUGUUUUUAAGUCUUAUUAAGAGUAAAUAAAAACAAAAUCUCUAAUUUAUCAUAGAGAUUUUUUGUAAUCUUAAUUUAUUUCAAAAUGAAGUUAUUGGUACUUUUUAUUAUAAGAAUUUAAAAUGGAGAGUCAUAUUACUGUAUAUCUUUUCCGUUUGGGUUAGGCAGAGAUUACACGCCGUUACUUUAUGAUGCUAAAUUAUGGAUGUAGGAUUUUUUUACAAUAACCAACAUACAUUCUGUAAACAAAUGUUUGCUUUUUAAGUGGCAGAUUUGUGUAAAUGUUAUCAAUUUUUCCAUUAAUUCACAGGCUAGAAUAAUCAGGCAGAUUUCUUUAAUUAGUGGAUGCCAAAAGUAUAGAAUGUCACCUAUAGUCAUAUUUCAAGAUUCUAGAUUCCAGAGGUAUAGCCUGUGACUUAUCAGUUGAUACCAACAUUUUAUUUAAUUAUAAGCAUUUGACUAAUAUUCACAAUUCUGACCACAAAAACAAUUUAGUACUCCAGAAAUUAUUUUUAUUUAGUGAGUUAACUGCAUUUAAU